UUCAACCUCUCGCACUGCCAGCUGGUGACCCUGAUCAGCCGGGACGAGCUGAACGUCCGCUGCGAGUCGGAGGUUUUCCACGCCUGCAUCAACUGGGUGAAACACGACUGUCCCAACCGCCGCCUCUACGUCCAGGCUCUGCUCCGCGCCGUCCGCUGCCAUUCCCUCACCCCGCAUUUCCUCCAGAUGCAGCUCCAGAAAUGCGAAAUCCUCCGCUCCGAUUCCCGGUCCAAGGAUUACCUGGCGCAAAUCUUUCAGGAUCUGACCCUUCAUAAACCCACCCAGGUCUUACCCUGCCGUACCCCCAAAGUGGGGCAGCUCAUUUACACGGCCGGAUAUUAUCGUCAGUCUUUGAGUUAUUUGGAAGCUUACAACCCCCGGGACGGGUCGUGGAUCCGUUUAGCCGACCUUCAGGUUCCUCGGAGCGGUUUGGGGGGUUGCGUGGUGGGGGGGCUUUUUUACGCCGUGGGGGGACGGAACAAUUCCCCCGACGGAAACACGGACUCGGCCGCCAUCGAUUGUUAUAACCCCAUGACCGACCAGUGGUCCCCCUGCGCCCCCAUGAGCGUCCCCCGCAAUCGCAUCGGGGUGGGGGUCAUCGACGGCAUGAUUUACGCCGUGGGGGGGUCGCACGGAUGCAUCCAUCAUAGCAGCGUGGAGAGGUACGAGCCGGAGAGGGACGAGUGGCAGCUGGUGGCCCCCAUGCUGACGCGCCGGAUCGGGGUGGGGGUGGCGGUUCUCAACCGUCUCCUUUACGCCGUGGGGGGGUUCGACGGCAGCGCCCGCCUCAGCUCCGCCGAGUGCUACCACCCCGAGCGGGACGCCUGGAGAGCCAUCGCCCCCAUGGCCACCAUCCGCAGCGGCGCCGGGGUCUGCGCCCUCAAUAAUUGCAUUUACGCCAUGGGGGGCUACGACGGGACGGACCAGCUCAACAGCACCGAGCGUUACGAGGUGGAGACGGACACCUGGACCUUCGUGGCACCCAUGCGGUACCGGCGCAGCGCCCUCGGCGUCACCGUCUACCAGGGCAAGAUCUACGUCUUGGGGGGCUACGACGGCCACACGUUCUUGGAUUCGGUGGAAUGUUACGACCCGGUCGCCGACGCCUGGACGGAGGUGACGCGGAUGACGUCGGGACGCAGCGGGGUGGGGGUGGCCAUCACCAUGGAGCCGUGCCGAAAACAAACCGACCGAACCGAGUGUCCGUGCUAACCCCGGCGCCGCCGUGGAGGGGUGGGGUGGGGGGG